AUGAGAAGAGGCUACAGCUACAGUCCAUCCCCGCCACCAAGAGGCUACAGGGGAAGGGCCCGUAGUCCAAGUCCCCGUGAUCGUUAUGAUGGUCGGGGUAGAGAUCUCCCAACCAGUCUUUUGGUCAGGAACCUUCGUCGUGACUGCAGGCCAGAUGACCUACGCAGGCCAUUUGCACAGUUUGGUCGUCUUAAGGACGUAUAUAUUCCAAGGGAUUACUAUACUCAGGAGCCGCGAGGAUUUGGGUUUGUGCAGUACUUUGAUCCCGACGAUGCGGCAGACGCAAAAUACUACAUGGAUGGACAGGUCAUUCUUGGUAGAGAAGUUGCAGUUGUUUUUGCACAGGAGAACAGAAAGAAGCCUGCUGAGAUGAGAACCAGAGAAAGUAGCAGAGGUCGGUCUUACGAUCGGCGGCACUCUCCUUCCCCGAGGGGGCGGCCUUCUUACCAUGGCCGAAGCUACUCAAGGUCUCCAUCACCUCGGCCCGCAAGGCGGAGGUUCAGAGACGAGUCCCCCACGCGCUCCCGCUCGCCUGUGGACAGCGGAUCGAGGAGCGCGAGUCCAUUGGAUGGGAAGUACGGCAGGUCUUCACGAAGAGAGAGGUCGAUUUCGGUUAGCGGAUGA